GAUUUUUUCAUUCAUUGUUUUUGUUGUGAUUAAAUUUUCUUGCUCUAGUUAAUUGUGUUGGUUGAUCAAUUAAUGUUGAAAUGUUUUCCCGUCUCGGUAAAAAGGUAACCGAGUUUAUCAACUUGUGUUACAAUCAAUAUAAAACUAGUCUAAUUGAAAUUAAAGAUGGUCUAAUUGGUAGUCCGGUUAAAUCGGGAUUCCAAUUAUCAACAUUAACUGGUUUCAUUUAUUUAAUUAACAAUAAUCCUAGUGAACAAAGUUACCUUGAUCAAUUGGUAACUGCUCGUAAUGAUUUAUUGAUUGUUGGUGAUAAUAUUCGUAAUCCAUCAUCAGCUCAAUUUGUCUCAUUUCUUAAUCAAUGUCAAGGUGAACGGACACUUAGGAGACUUGAUUUAGGAGUGAUUAGUUUAUUAUUACGAAUGGAUCUUAAUCCUGAUUGUGCUGUUUAUAUUAAUCAAUGUGAUUUCCUUAAGCCAACUUACGUUGAACAAUUAACUGAAAGACUGGUUGAUAUUGGAAUCGCCGGAAGAUGGAGGAUAUUGGAUAGAAAAAUGAUUGAUUAUGAUGUUAAUCCAGAUGAAUGGAGUUGAUUUAAUUUUCAUUUUCCAUUGUAAUUUAGUUAACAUAAUAUAUCUGUAGAUUAAUUA